AAAACAGUGCAAAAUAAGUGAUUGUGAGAAAUGGUUCGUUAAGCGCUUGGUGCUCAAAUUAUAAUUCAACGUAUUCUCAAUUAACGGAAUAAUAAUACUAAUCGACCCGAGACCUUCAGCUCAUUCAAAACCAAAUUAUUUGAAUACCAAAUUGCAAAAAUAUAAAAUGAAAUUGUCACCAUUGCAACGGCUUGCACUAGCUAUACUAUUUAUUGCUGCCCACUUCAGCACUCCACUGGCAGGUGCUUCUCCAAUUGGAUGGGAUUUUGCUGUCACGCUGAGAAAUAAGAUUCUGUUUCUGGACAAUGCAUGGAACACAAUCACCACUGCGGCGCAUGAGUACGAAGAGCUUACGGCGCUGGCCUUUGAUGAGGCCGAAGAGAUGAUCUACUUCAACGAUCAGCUGCAUCAGAAUGGCAGCAUAUUCUCGCUGCACAGGGACGCGUCGGUCGCCACACACAUUGUGGAGCAGGCAGUGCAACGUACCGGCAACGAAUCAGUUGCCGGCUUGGCGUAUGAUCCACUGAAUCGGAAUCUCUUCUGGGCGGACAGGCGUAAAGGGAAAAUAUUCUUUGCUAGCAUUGAUACGCUGUUCACAGCGACGCCCAAGGUGUUGGUCGAUUCGAGCGGAGAUGGAGGCCGACCAGACGGAGUCGCCGUAGAUAUUUGCAGGCGCCAGUUGUACUGGAGCAACUGCCAGAUAGGGCACGCUAGUGUCGAGCGCAUUAGUCUGGACGGCAAGCAACGAGAGGUGAUAAUUAAAGAAGACAUUGACAUGCCACGCGGCAUUGUAGUUGAUCAGCUGUCAGAUCGGCUUUACUGGAUCGACGACAAGGUGGGCAUUUUUUUCACAAUCGAAAGCGCACGUCUGGAUGGCAGCGAUCGUAAAUUGAUUGUGCAGGGCAAGCACCAGGAUCCCAUACAGUUGGCCAUCACAGAGGACGCUAUUUACUGGACAGACAAAAUAAGCAAGGCAGUGUGGAGUUACCCCAAGCCCAAGCCUAGCAACACACUGACCAGCUCGAACUCCACACAAAGUACAGCCGAAACACAAGUGGAAGCAAAUAUGGUAAAGCAAGCUAGCUGGAAGGAUGAAGUCUAUGGCAUUGUGGCGCGCACAGGCUUCUACCAGCGAUUGCAGAAGGAUGAGCACUGCGCCAGUGUCGUGCGCAAGGUUAAACAGCGUUUGGACAACAUGACCAACGACAAGACGCAUGUGCGUAAUCUCGUCGACGAGCGCCUGACACAGCUGCAGCGCGAGCACUGCCUGAACGGCGCCCAGUUUAUAAGCAAAGGCAACUUCUGCAUCUGCCCGGUGGGCUUCAAGGGAGCCCGCUGUGAGAUUUCGGAGUGUCACAACUAUUGCGUACAUGGUACCUGUGAAAUAUCUGGGAUGGGAUUUCCCAAAUGCUACUGCCAGCCGGAAUUUUACGGCGAACGCUGCGAGUACUACAAAUGCAACGGUCAUUGUCUUAACGGUGCCAAAUGUGCCGUGGACAGAGAGAGCGGCGAACUAAGCUGCGAAUGUCGCGGCAAUUUCUUUGGUUCACGCUGCGAGCACAACGGCACUGAAGACUGCGCUAGCUACUGCCAACUGAUAAGGCAUGAGCCGGACAUUAUUAUACCCGACAGCUGUCAUGUCAUCUGUGAGGAGCAACUGAGAGGAAAUGGCACAGCUUUAGUUGCAUAUUUUCAACGCGGCGCUUGCGGCAGUCGCAGUGUCUGGACCGGCUCUGUCAUCAUUGUCGUUGUGGCAGGUGUUGUGCUCAGUCUAUUGCUAGUGGCUCUCAUUGUGCACGGAAUACGUCGCAUAUACAAGCCAAAACGUCCCCACAUCAAGAAGACAUUUGUAGUUCGCAAACAGGCGCGUCACAAUUCAGCUAGCGAUACACCGCUGACUAACCGUCCGCUAGCUACGGAACAGUGCGAGAUUACGAUAGAGAACUGUUGCAAUAUGAAUAUUUGUGAAACGCCCUGCUUUGAUCCCAAAAUGGUGGAGCAAACAUUUUCGUCACGGGAUCGUAAGGCACCGUGUGUAAAGGAGGACAAAAAAAUGCUUAUUCACAACAUGGAAGAUGAUCUAUCGUAAAAGUGUAUCAUUCAACACAUUGUUGAGAUCGUUUCAAACGAACGCCUAUAACAGACAAACGAGCUAAUUAAGCUGUUGGUAACUGUUGGCUCCACAUUCAUGUGCUUUUCCAAAAAGCUCUCUGAACAGCCUAGGCCCAAAACCUCUCCCACAACACGCAAACACUUACAGCCACCGCACUUUUAAUUGAAUUAAUCAUGUACUUAGCAGUCUGUUAAUUAGUUUGGUCUCAUUAAUUUAUUGAGAAAGUUAUCCGAAAAAUAUUGAAGUUCCUUGGCAGCAGAUUGCCAAAAUUUCAUUAGAAGGAUUUUUUAUCGUUUACAUAAUUAUGCUUGCAUACAUGCUUUUAAUUUCUAGAAGCUAUUACAUGCGUGGAUAACAUUUUAAUAUUUUUGCCUUACUGCAUUCGCUAAUGAAAUGAAAAAAGUAGCAAAUAUAGAAGAUUUAAGUCACUUGACUGACCUUAGCAUUAUUUCACAACAGAACACACACACACAUGCACACAGAUACUUGAAACAUGUACUUAUUUUAAGACGUAACAGCAUCUGAUUUCAAGAACGAUCGCCAUUUGCACAAGGAGGCACAAUUUUGUGAUUCAUAACGGUUAAACUGUUGCAAGGAUUAUAAUGCGUACUUAUACAUAUGUGUGUACACAUAUAAAAUGUAAUCUUUGACUAUUGUAAAUAAUUAAAAAAAAAGGAUUGUUAGAGCUUUUGAAUAGUUCAAUCUAACCGUUCAAAGUUCCUUAAUUAGAUAAUUUUUUUGUUUUAUACAUACAUAUACAAUUUUAUUUUUUACCGGUUUGUCGAUACGUCAUGACAUUUGCAACUGCCACACACAAAAAUAUGUAAUCCGAAUUGCACCCAAAUUGCCUAAGUACUUAAGUUAACCAUAAAACAAUUAUAUAUGUAUAUACAUAUGUAUGUAAAUAACAGUUUACAAAAUAGUAAACUCUUACCCUCAGAAUAAUGUGUAAAUAUCAAUAUAUGUGUAAGAUAGCUUUUAGUUGUAACGUAUAAGACACCGGUUAAUUGGUAAUGAGUACGUACCUUGCAGUUGUAAUAAAUGAAUUUGUUA